AUGACCCACGAAGUGGCCCUGCACGCCGGCGUGGCAGUGGUAAACAUGGUCCGCGAUGUUUUCCGGUCAGAUUUCCACAGAACUGGUCCUUCUGCGCAGGUGCUCCGCCUGAUCCAGGUCGCCAUCUCAAAGUUGCGCCAACAUAUCACGGCGGAGCCUGUUGUUAACGACGACGGGGCGAUUAUCGCGGUGUUGUUCUUGGGCCAUAUGGCUAGUGGGUUCGGCGACUUAGAAGCCUUCCGAAUGCAUCGGCGCGGCAUCAAGACCAUGAUAGAGUCCAGAGGCGGGCUGGACGCUCUUGGGUUAGAUGGGAUGUUGAAGUGUUCUGUAUUGCAGUUUGAGUCGUGGUGGACGCAUAUAUAUCGCGACAUCUCCGUGUUCGCGUCCUCCAAACCCUCUUACAACCCGGUAUACCUCGUCGCACCGUACUCCGCGGAGACAUUAUUCCUCCUCUCCAGCCUCCCGCCAGGAUUCCGUCGUCUGGCGAAACAGGGAAAACUCGCCACGGACAUACUUACCGUCCUGUCCAACAUCGCCUCCUAUGAGGACGCCAUCAUCCUCCAAGAAGCGAACAACAACCACCCCGGCGGCGGCGGUGGUUGCGGGCUUGGGAUUACGCGGCAGGGUGAAUUCGUAGCCUCUCUCCUGGAGCGCAAACGCCACGCAGACUUCUGCGACGCCUGCACCUGCCUGCUCGUCCAGGGGCCAAAUUUUGAAAAGUACCUCGUGCUCGCGCUGAUAUGCUAUGUUAGCAUCGCCUUCUCGCCGCCGAGGGAGGCCCGGUGUUAUCUGUCCGCGAGCCACACGGCGUUUCGCACGCCCCGGCUCCUCCUCACGCAAGAACUUCCGGAUUUUCGAGUGAACGAAGAAAACGAUCAGAGAGAGCCGAGCACUGACGAUCCCGACGAGACGGAGGAGGGCGAGAGCGAAAGCGAGACGGGCGGCGCGGAAACAAAAAACUGUCUAGUCUGGAUAUGGCUCGUCCUGAUCGCGAGCUGGCGCGCCACAGCCACCACGGCCACGGCCACAACCACAACGAGAUCCGACGACAGCGGCGACUGUGAAAACGCAAGAAUCCUCGAGCGCGCGUUCCAAGACAGGUUUCCACAAUACUACCGCUGCAGGGGCGACUGGGCGCGCUUGGACCGUGUCUUGGGACGGUUCUUUUGCACGGAGGCGCUGAAGGGUGAGAUGAAGCGGUCGUGGAUGGCGCUUGCAAAAGAGGAAUGA